UGGACAGCUCUAAAAAGAAGACAAGCGAAAACUUAUAGAGAAAAAUAAAUACAUGUCUACUGUACGUAAGAGUUUAAGAUGCUGUCGUCGCCGGAUGGUCGAAAGUAAUCCGGAGUAAUGCUAGCUUUAUCCAUGCAGACCGCCAAGGUGUUUGUCGGCAGCCUGCCGCGCUGCAAGCCGGACGAACUCCGACGACUGUUCUCAAAUUAUGGAUCGGUUGUAGAAUGCGAUGUGAUGAACCGCUGUGCUUUUGUCCACCUGGAAAACACAGACAUGGCGGAUGCGGCCAUAGCUGCCCUUAAUGGCACCGUCUUUAAGGGCCAGCCCAUCGUGGUGGAAGCGGGCAGGCCGAAGUAUGGUCCGGGUAAUGGUAACCGAGGGCCUGCGGGCUCUGGAGACAACCCUAUACGCCGGGUUACAGAGGGUCCCAGUGGCAGUUCGGACAAAAGACCUACGGAAUCUGGUAACAACUUCAAGCGAAACUUCCGUGAAGAAGCCGGUGGCAGAUAUUCCAAUGAAGGCGGUGGUUCUAGGGGACCAAACGCCACCAACAAUAAAUUUGGACCCGCCAGGAACGAGUCCAACUACAGACAGCGAAGUGCUCCUUACUCCAAAGGACCACAACAAAAUAAUGAAUCUUCCAAUCAAGGUCAAGGAUUUAGGAACAAAUUUGCCACCGGGGGCAAGUUUGGAGGGAACGAAGGUAACGGAGGACGCUUUGGCAACAAUCGGUUUCAGCAGCGGGAUAACAACGGAUUACAAACUGGCAGGAGGAAUUUCAAGAACAGUCCUAAUAGCGGAUUUGGAGGAGGAGGCAGUAAUAGUGACUUUCACGGUGGAAGUUCCGGAGGAGGUGGAGCUUUGAGUCAAAGAGGCGGCGGCGGGGGAGCAGGUUCUAACCAUGUGCGACAGGAUCGACGUGGCUUUGCCCUGCCAGUGGAGCAUCAACAGCAGCAAAUGGGUUUUGGACGCUUUGGGAAUGGACCCAUGAGUUCUGGCAGUCGUGGAACCAAUGGAGGGAAUUCACAAGGGGGACGUGGUUUCUUUAACGGUGGUGGCUUUAAUGCCAGACGUGACAGCAGCCACGAAUCAAACAGUCAACAAGGAGGCGGAGGUCCAUUUAAACGGGGAGGAGCAAGAGGCAAGAACAACAAUCAGAACGGCAUGAAUGCAUAUCACUCGGAGUUUCCACCUCUGGGCAGCGGAGGUGGAGCGCCAGGCCAAAGAAACCGCUUUAGCGGACCUAGACCCGGACCAAAUAUGGGCAGCAAUAGAAGAUUUUAAGCCAGUGCAAUGCCACAGUUUGUUUGCCAGUCCCCACGUGUACUCCAAUUAAUAUUGUAAUAGCCGAAUUUUGUUUUCCAUUGUUUCGCGCGCUGAAUCUUUUAGUUAAGCCGACUAUUUUUUUUAAUUUGUCCUAUAGCCGUAAUCUUAAGACCAACAUCAACAGUAUAUUUGUUAUUUGUAGUUAAGAUUGUUUCAAUAUUUAUGCAAUACUUAAAUAAUCAUAUUACUUGUGUGCAACUAGA